CUCGUCGCCCUCCGUCUGCAACUCCAAACCUCUUCUCUCCCUCUCCAAGAAACCAAGAAACCAAGAAACCUGCGACCUCGUACAACCCACUCUCUCUCUCUCUCCAAGAAACCCAGAAACCUGCAACCUCGUCCAACCCUCUCCUUCUCUCUCUCCAAGAAAACCCAGAAACCUGCGACAGAUACUCGCGACCGCUGAUGGGUAAGCGCCGGCGAACCGAAAUAGCGAAGAUCGCCGACCGGGCAGCCCGGCUCGUGACCUACUCGAAGCGGCGGAAGGGCCUCUUCAACAAGGCGUCCGAGCUCUGCCGCCUCUGCGGCGCUCGCGCGGCCGUCGUCGUCUUCUCCCCUGCCGGCAAGCCCUGCUCUUUCGGCGACCCAACGGCCGAUGAGAUUAUCGGCGACUACCUCCGCCACGGCGACUGCGACGGCGACGUGACCCCGCCGAUGAGCCUGACCCAGUGGGCGGACUGGAUGGAAACGGAGUGGGAGGCUUGCGCAACCGAGGAGGACCUCGAGUCCCUGAUCUUGAAGUACGAAGCCGUCCGCGACUGCGCGCGCGAUAAAUUGAAGUCUUUGGAGGAGGAAGCAUCGCAAGUCAGGGUCGGUGGCGGCGAAUCUCGCAUUCUGAGCGCGGAGGAGAUUGAUGCGCUUUUCGAGGGUUUAGGCCAAUGCCCAGCGCUCUCAGAUCUCUUGACGGACGGGGACGGCGACGGCGACGGUCUCUUGACUCCGCCGGAGAACUCGGCCGGCGGCGGCGGAAUUUCCGCAGCGGAGUCCACCCCGGCGCUCUUCGAUCUCGAGGGUCACAUAUCUGAUGCUGCCGGCGGUGGAAGUUUUGGAGAGGCGUCGACCCCCACGAGCUCCGAUCUUGAGGAUCAUGGGUUUGAUCCGGACGAGUUGCUGAAUCUAUCGGAGGACGGCGACCUUGAGGAUAAUGGGUUUGACCCGGAUGGGUUCCUGAAUCUGUUGGAGGACGGCGAGGUGGACGGCGUCCGGAAAGGUCCCUCGACUUCGCCGGAGGACUCAGCUGUCGGCGGUGGAUUCAAUGCCGACGACUUCUUUGGACUUGAAGAUCUGCAUGUCCUGCUGUGAAUACGAUGAGUAUAGGUUUUGUUUUUCUUUUGAAACGGCAACUGUACAGCAUAGCAUCAUUCAAUAAAACGCCAAAUUUCUUGUCU